AUGGCAAGUUUGGCAACACCAGUAGCUACCAGGAUUGGGUUUGCACCAGUCAUUCCCAACAAAAACUGGUCUUCUGCACCCAGAAGCAAUAGAUUGGUUGUUGUCCGAGCAUCCGAUGAGAAUGCUACCACACCGCCACCUGCACCGGCUGCUGAAACCCCUGCUGCAGCUGCUGCUGCGCCUGCUAAGCCCCCUCCAAUUGGACCCAAGAGAGGUUCUAAGGUAAGGAUCCUGAGGAAGGAAUCAUAUUGGUACAAGGGUGUUGGCUCGGUUGUUGCCGUUGAUCAGGACCCAAAAACAAGAUACCCAGUAGUCGUAAGAUUCAACAAGGUGAAUUACGCCAACGUAUCGACUAACAACUACGCAUUGGAUGAGAUUCAAGAAGUUGAAUGAGCAAACUCAAUAGGUCUAUGUGCCUUUGCUAUAAGUUUGUUGUGAUAGAUUAAUUAGGAGUUUUCUUCUAUAUAUGUCGUCUUUUCGAUGUACAUCAACUUCUUUUCACUAUCAAGUUUCUUCCAUGAAUACUUCUCAUCACCA